AUGGAGCCCCCGGAUCGCUCCAAGCCCAGCAGGCAGGACAACCCUGAGGGAGAUGAAUCCGGGCAGAGCUCCCGGACGGAGGAAACCUGGGAUUCGCCCAGUGAGGAAGAGGAACAUCUGUACGCUACAUCACCCCCUUAUACCCCACGUCAGAUGAAACGAAUGUCUGGCAAACAUCAGAAAAGCAACCAAUCAAGAAGUGGUGGACGUUCUCCCAGCAAACCCGACCUCAGCCCAUCAGUCCUGAAAGAAAGCCCCCGACCAGCGGAGACACCAGAGGAGCACAGCUACAAGCAGGGCAAGAAACAGAGGGCCACCCUGCGCAACACUGAGAGAGAUCAUAAGAAAACCUUUGAGGACUCAUUCAUGCUGGAUCCGCUGUCUAAGUCGGGCCCCUUUGGUGCCAUCAACAUGGACCCCAGGAAGCACUACCUAAGCUUGGGCUGCAGCAGUUGCAAACUCCCUGUGUCCAUGCCCCACAUCUCCCGCACCCAUCGGCAGACCUCUCGGACAGACUGUCCCGCAGACCGCCUGAAGUUCUUCGAGACACUGCGGCUGCUUCUCAAGCUUACGUCAAUGUCGUCUAAGCGCAAAGAGAAAGAGCAGCGAGGCCAGGAGAUCAUGGCGUUCAUGGGGCAUAACAAUGAAGUCAUUUGGUUGGAGCUACAGGCGUGGCAUGCGCGCCGCUCCAUCAGCGAUCAGGAUUUCUUCCUCUACACCGCCCGCCAGGCCAUCCCCGACCUUAUUAACGAGGUGCUACAUUUCAAAGUGAACUACGACAGCCUGAGACAGGCUCAGUGUUCAGGGUCCCCAACAUUACAACCUAUUAGGACUGAUUCUAAUCGAGGCGUGAAAAAUGAACGUGCGUCCACUCUAGUGGAGCCUAACCACUGUGGAGUCGAUCCAUGGGGCUUUAGUGCUUGCCCCUCCACUGCCAUGAAUGCAGCGGAGCCUCUUGGUUCUGGUGCUGACUGCAGAGAUCACCUACAGAGGCAACGUCUGGCUUUUGACCAGGUCAAGCGAGUUAUGGAACUGCUAGAGUAUGUGGAAGCACUAUACCCCUCGUUGCAAGCCCUGCAAAGGGACUAUGAAAAGUAUGCUGCGCGAGACUUCCAGGGCAGAGUGCAGGCGCUCUGUUUGUGGCUCAACAUAACCCAGGACCUCAACCAGAAACUGCGCGUCAUGGCCACUGUCCUGGGCCUCCGGGACCUGUCUCGCAUCGGCUGGCCCGUCUUCGAGAUCCCGUCACCUCGCUGCUCCCGUGGCAACGAGGAAGACGACAAUGAGGAGGACGAGGAGAAUGACUCCACCGCCACGUUUACAGCGGAAAGUGAAGACGGGGAGGACAGGGAUGCUGAGGAGGAAGCAGAGGAUGAGACCGUGGCAUGUAUUUUUGCUGAGGGGGAGCUAUCACCCACUCGGACUCCCAAAUUCGCUCAGUCACCAUCAGAGGAGUUUCUUCCUAUGGCAGCGUUGGGGAGUCCAGAGGCAGCGGGAGAAGGGGGCAUGUUCUGCCCCACAGCAAUAUACAGGCCCUUUGUGGAUAAAGCACUGAAACAGAUGGGACUGCGCAAACUAAUUCUCAGACUGCACAAAUUGAUGGACCGCUCUCUCCAAAGGUCACGAGCAGCCCUGUUGUGCCACACACCUGCACUGGAGUUUGCCGACUUCCCUGACCCAAUGCUGUACAACGACUACCUGCCGGAGCUGUCCCGCCUCGGUUCCUGCAGUGCUUCGGCUGACCCCGAACUCUGCGCGGACCAGGUGUCGUGGGAGGAUUUGCUGGACAUGGACCUCCCAUCUUUCCGGCCAGCCUUCCUCGUGCUCUGCAGAGUCCUCCUCAAUGUCAUCCACGAGUGCCUAAAACUGCGAUUGGAGCAGAGACCUGCUGGAGAACCUUCUCUACUCAGUAUCAAACAGUUGGUCCGUGAGUGUAAGGAGGUUCUCAAAGGCGGUCUCCUUAUGAAGCAGUAUUAUCAAUUCAUGCUGCGCGGCGUAGUCACAGAUGCUCAGGGCCUCCAGACCAAUACCAACAUUGAUGAGUUUGAGGAGGACCUACACAAGAUGCUUGUGGUUUACUUUGAAUACAUGCACAGUUGGAUUCAAAUGUUGCAGCAGCUGCCUCAGGCCUCUCACAGUUUAAAGAACCUGCUCGAAGAAGAGUGGCACUUCACCAAAGAUAUCACCCCCUACAUCCGUGGAGGGGAGGCUCAGUCUGGGAAGCUUUUCUGUGACAUUGCUGGGAUGCUGCUCAAAUCUACUGGAGAGUUCCUUGAUGCUGGCCUACAAAAGAGUGGCAAUGAGUUCUGGGAAAGUGCCGACGACAGCACUGCUUCUGAUGAAAUUAGGCGCUCGGUGAUCGAGACCAGUCGUUCACUUAAAGAGCUGUUUCAUGAGGCCAGAGAACGAGCGUCCAAGGCGCUGGGUUUUGCCAAAAUGUUACGCAAGGACUUGGAAGUUGCUGCUGAUUUUAGAAUCACCAAUGGAGUGCCUUCACUCCUGGAAGCUCUCAAGAAGAGAAACUAUGUUAAGGUCCAGAUUCCCGGCCUGGAAGAGCUGCAAGUGUUUGUUCCCUGUGGCCUGCUGGCUCAGCGGCCGCUCAUUCUGCAGUUGCUCAAUGCCGCUGCGGGAAAAGACUGCUCCAAAGAACCCGAUGAUAUGACGGAGGAUGAGGCAUUCCUGCUCAUGAGCAAACACCGGACCACGGUCUUGACGACCGAUUCGGAAUGGGCCCAGUGGGACGGAGAGCUACUUAAACUGGUUCCCACAAUGGAAAUUGUCGACACUUUGAGGGCCAUGAAGGUGGAGAACAUGCUCUUGAUCGUGAUGCAGUCGGCUCACCUAGUGGCUCAGCGGAAGGCAGUUCAGCAGUCCAUGGAGGAUGUGCUCACUCUCAGCCGCGAGCAAACAUCCAGUCAGCCUCUGAUCGCAAGUGCUCUGGAGGAGCUCAAGGAUGAAGCCCUGCAGCUCUGCAUCAAGAUCAGUUCGGCCAUCGACCGAGUGGAGUUCACAUUGGAGUUUGAGGUUGAGGUGGAUGAGUCUGAGUCGUCCACUCUACAGCAGUACUACAGAGAGGCAAUGAUCCAAGGCUACAAUUUUGCCUUUGAGUACCACAAGGAAGUGGUGCGGCUCAUGUCAGGGGAGUACAGGCAGAGGAUCGGUGAACGCUACAUAGCCUUUGCUCGCAAGUGGAUGACGUAUGUCCUGACUAAGUGUGAGAGUGGCCGGGGUACCAAGCCCAGGUGGGCCACACAAGGGUUUGAUUUUCUUCAAGCGAUUGAGCCUGCCUUUAUAUCAGCAUUACCAGAGGAUGACUUCCUGAAUUUACAAGCUCUGAUGAACGAAUGCAUUGGACACGUGAUUGGGAAACCUCAUAGCCCGGUCACUGGCCUAUAUGUUGGGCCCAGAAAUAGCCCUCGGCCUGUUAAAGUCCCUCGCUGUCACAGUGACCCACCAAAUCCAAAUCUCUUCAUCCCCAAUGCUGAACCUUUCAGCUCUCGAAGUCUCCCCUGUGACCUCCGGAAUCAGCUUUUCCCCAACGGCCCUCGGCCUAUCCCACAGGGCCCGGGGGAACACGGACACGCCAAAGCUCCUGGCAGCACCCCCAAUGACGUCAGGGGAUCCAGUUUCCACGAGAACGACCGCUUGUCAUCAGUUGCCGCUGAGUUGAAUUUCAAGUCGCUGAGCCGCCAUUCAAGCCCCACAGAGGAUCGAGAAGAACCUUCUUAUCCAAAGGGCGAUUCCAAUAGCACCACGCGCAGGAGCUGGGAGCUCCACACCUUUAUUAGCCAAUCCAAAGAUUCUGCGGCUCGGCAGAGCCCAUUGGAAGCUGUCCGGCGCUCCAUCCGUAAGUUUGAAGAGAAACGCUAUGCCGUGAUGAAGCAGCGCAACAUCAUUGGUCAAGUGUGUAACACGCCCAAGUCCUAUGACAAUGUGAUGCACGUCGGCCUCAGAAAGGUUACCUUCAAGUGGCAGAGGGGAAACAAGAUUGGUGAGGGCCAGUAUGGGAAAGUGUACACCUGCAUCAAUGUGGACACUGGAGAACUCAUGGCCAUGAAAGAGAUUAGAUUCCAGCCAAAUGAUCACAAAACUAUCAAAGAGACAGCUGAUGAACUAAAAUUAUUUGAAGGCAUCAAGCACCCAAACCUGGUCCGUUACUUUGGAGUGGAGCUUCACAGGGAGGAGAUGUACAUCUUCAUGGAAUAUUGUGACGAGGGCACACUGGAAGAGGUGUCCAGACUGGGACUGCAGGAGCACGUCAUCAGACUCUACAGUAAACAGAUCACCACCGCCAUCAAUGUCCUCCAUGAACACGGGAUCGUCCACAGAGACAUCAAGGGAGCCAACAUUUUUCUGACGUCUUCUGGCCUCAUCAAACUGGGCGACUUUGGCUGCUCUGUCAAGUUACGGAACAACACUCACACUAUGCCAGGCGAAGUCAACAGCACCCUUGGGACAGCUGCAUACAUGGCACCUGAGGUCAUCACCAGAGCAAAAGGGGAAGGUCAUGGCAGAGCAGCAGACGUAUGGAGUUUAGGCUGUGUCCUCAUUGAGAUGGUCACAGGAAAGAGACCUUGGCAUGAGUAUGAGCACAACUUUCAGAUCAUGUACAAAGUUGGCAUGGGCCACAAGCCCCCCAUCCCAGAGAAGCUGAGUACUGAGGGCAAGGACUUCCUGGGCCACUGUCUGGAGAGCGAACCAAAGCAACGAUGGACGGCGAGCAUGCUGCUUGACCACCCCUUCGUCAAGGUUUGUACAGAUGAAGAGUAA